AACUGACCAAAAAAACCCCUAGGUGCGCCAGAAAGUUCCUACAUGACGCACGAAAUUCCGGGAGCAUGCCUGUGCAUGUUUAGUCCGUGUAAAAAUGGCCGCAAGUGUAAACGGUGUUUUUCGCAAGGAUUUGCAGGAUGCUAUUUUACAGAGUAAAGUCUUGGUUAUCGGAGCUGGUGGCAUAGGCUGCGAGAUCCUAAAAAAUCUCGUGAUGACUGGCUUCAAAGACAUCGAAAUUCUUGAUCUAGACACAAUUGAUGUCAGCAACUUGAAUCGACAGUUUUUGUUCCAAAAACAACACGUGGGGAAGUCCAAGUCUGCGGUGGCACGUGAAACGGCGUUGACGUUCAAUCCUGAUGUUAAAAUAGUGUCGUAUCAUGAUAACAUCACGUCCUCGGACUACGGUCUCUCUUUCUUCAAAAGAUUUUCCCUCGUGAUGAAUGCCCUAGACAAUCGUGCGGCACGUAAUCACGUGAAUCGAAUGUGCCUCGCGGCAGACAUACCCCUAAUCGAGUCUGGCACGGCGGGUUAUGAUGGCCAAGUUGAACUGAUAAAAAAAGGUCUCACUCUCUGCUAUGAGUGCCUACCAAAGCCCACGCAGAAGACCUUCCCAGGUUGCACAAUCAGAAACACCCCGAGCGAGCCAAUACAUUGUAUUGUCUGGUCGAAACACCUGUUCAACCAGCUGUUCGGUGAAGAGGAUCCCGACCAGGAUGUCUCCCCGGAUACAGCGGAUCCAGAGGCAGCGGGCGAUAAGGCUGGAGAAGACGCCUUAACGUCAGAAUCAAACGACAAAGGAAACGUCGAGAGAGUCUCCACACGUCUCUGGGCGCAGGCCAGUGGUUACGAUCCUGAGAAGCUCUUCAAUAAACUCUUCCACGAUGACAUUAAAUACCUGCUCUCGAUGGACAAUCUUUGGAAGAAGAGGAGACCACCGACACCUCUGGACUGGAAGAAUCUCCCCGACGUGGUGGCUGGUUGUAGCAAGGAGACAGCAGAUGAGACAGGGCUCAAGGAUCAGCAGAAGUGGAGCAUCGCAAAGUGUUCGGAGGUCUUCUCCAAUGCUCUGAAAAAUUUGAAAAAGAAUCUCGAAGUGUUGAGGGAAAAAUCACCAAACGAUCACUUGGUCUGGGACAAGGAUGACCAAGACGCAAUGGAUUUUGUCGCAGCUUGUGCCAAUAUAAGAGCCCACAUCUUCGGUAUUCCCCAGAAAUCGAGAUUUGACGUUAAAUCAAUGGCUGGAAAUAUAAUUCCAGCCAUUGCUACGACAAAUGCAAUUGUCGCUGGUGUAGUUAUUCUCCAUGCGUUCCGAAUUCUGAGGGGUUUGUUCGAGGACUGUAAAUCAGUUUACCUCAGGCCACGACCCAAUCACAGGGGUCAAUUAUUAGUGCCGGAGAAAUACGUUAAUCCAUCGAAUCCAAAGUGCUAUGUCUGUGCUCCCACACCGUCUGCUGUUCUAGCUGUUGACACGACGAAGAUGACAAUAGCCGAGUUGGAUGAAGUAGUGCUCAAGGGACGCCUCAAUAUGAUCGAGCCAGAUGUCAUGGUCGAUGGCAAAGGAAUUGUGUUGAUAAGCUCCGAGGAAGGAGAGACUGAGGAGAACAACGGCAAAAUACUUGAGGAGCUUGGGGUCAAGGAUGGGACUAUUCUCAAAGUCGAUGAUUUUCAGCAGAAUUACUCGCUCACUGUUACUGUCGUGCACCGAGACAAGCCUUCCUCGAGGGGUGAUGAACCGGAUUUCUUGGUUGUCGCCGACGAGAAGGACUUGAAGCCGAAAGAGGAGGAGACGAAAGAAGAGAAACCGUCGACUUCUAAUGGACAAGUUGAUGAUGUUGAUGAGGAUGAUUGCGUUGAGGUCGACGUCGAGCCUUAUCAGAUCCCUGAUGAAGUGACUGCGAAGAAAAGGAAGACUGAACCACAUGUCAAGGACGUUCCUAGCAUUAAAAAACGAAGGACUGAGCGUCCUAGUGCUGAUGAUGAUGAUUGCUGCAUUGUCGACGAUGGGGGGAAGAGCGAGAAACUCCCGGGGGUUAAGACCCCGCAGAAGAGGGCGAGAACCUCCACCGAUGACGAGUGCCAGAUUGUAUUCGAUGAGAGCAACGAGGUUACCGUUUCGCCUAUGAAGAAACUUAAUUCAUCUAAUUGAAGAGGACAAGGAUCGUCCUCGAUAUUUUUUGUAAGUUUUCUUUUGAUACAUAGACACGUUUUUUUUUUUCUUUCAUGACCGUGGGAGCGGAAUUAUGCAGUGUUUAAGAAUAUGUGUAGGGGAGAUUUGAAAUGAGAUGAAUAAAUCACUUCCAUUUGUA